GCUGCGCAGAAUCUAUUGCACCCGAAAACAUUGUUAAAAUCCGGUGCACCGUGAUCGUUAUUCCACCACGGAUAAUAUAAAGCACAGAUGCCUCGCAGCAGGCUCUCACACCUUUUUGAAUUCCCCCUAUAAUCUUUCAAUUAUUCUUCUCAAAAUUUUCCCCUUCAUCUGUUAACUUACCUCUAAAUUUACAAUGUUCUUCAACUUUGCCGUUCUUCUAGCUGGCGCUGGUUUCGCCGUUGCUCAAUCACUCUCUUCGCAGUGCCAGAGUGCACUGGUUAACACUGCAGCCUCGUCCAGUGCCACGUGUUUGAAUCCAUCAGGGCUUAUCUCGCUCGUCGUCACGAACUCGAACUCAAGUUCGAUUAUUCCUGGUGUCAACACCUGGCUUUCUGGCUUAUGCUCUCAAGCCACCUGCAGUAACUCGACGCUCCAAACUAUUGUAACAGACAUCAUUUCGGGAUGUUCUACCGAACUCUCAAGUCUUGGAGUGACUACCAAUUCUACUGCUAUUGUCACGUCCAUUCAGGCUGCCUACCCUACUGUUCGACAGCUUAUGUGUUUGAAAGACACUUCGACGAGCACUCUUUGUGUUCCUGAGCUGCUGACGAACACCCAGUCUUCCACGACGACUCUUUCUCUGAAUAACAUGGUUGCACUUGUCACAAAAUUGGUGUCCGGUCAGAACACUGGCAUUCCCUCGAGUGCCGCCUGCACCAACUGCACAAAGGCUGCCUAUACUGUCCUUAAUCAGGGUCUUCCUGGAGUUGCUAGUACGGCUCGAAGUUCAUUUUCAUCUGAAUGUGGCACCAACUACACAGAUGGUCAGAUGCCUUCCGGUAUUCAGGAGACAGCAAGCAAUUCCUCAUCGACGACCAGAAGUAGUGGUGCUAGUGCGCUUUCUGUUGGUAGCCUCAAGAUGGGUGCUACUGCUGUUGUGGCCGUUUCAGCCGUCUUUGCAAUCUUUGCUUAAGUUUCAUAAUGGACUUGUGAAGUUAUUUGGACUGUUGAGCGACACGGUACAUUAUUUGCCAAUCUAGAAUUAUGGACAUUAUAUGAUUCUUUAAUCUGUACUCGUAGAGUACAUCGUCAAAUCACCGAUCUCUCGCAAUUGCAGCAGGAUCAACGAUGAAUGAUUUUAAUUAACAUUGAGCAGAAUCAGGAAUUACGUCAGCCUCCACACAUGUAAGUAGCUGGACUCGAGGGUUCGGAGAGUUGUUCCCAUACACUGCGAUCCAGGGUCUUGCUCACCGAGCCAACGAGUAGUUCUUCUGUCUGACAUAUAGUCCGUCGAUGUCCGCGAUGCAGGCCACCACACCUCGCUCGCCGCGCUUUGACCUUCCGCCUGCACCUGUCUAUU